UAAAAAUCUCGCAAGUCGUUAUCGAUCUCCUCGGCAACCUCGACCUGCAGCGAGCUAGGCGCCUAGCGGCUAAACCUAAAACCCCGACCUCGAUGGCGGCGGAGGGAGAGGUGUCGGGAACAGUCGAUACCGCCGACGUGAUGAAGAUGGACGAGAAGGAGAAAACUGGAACCCUCGAUGCCGCCUACGUGAUGAAGGUAGAUGAGAAGGAGAAAACCGUGGCGGUGCGCUCGGGGUUUCUCGGCGGCGGCGGCGGCAAGGAGGAGACCUACACCCGGGCCGACAUGAUCGACCUCGAGAACCUAGACGUCGAGAAGCAGAGGGAGUCCAUCGCCAAGACUCUGGCUCUUGAGAAGCAGCGCCACAAGGACAAGGAUCAGCCCAUGGCGCCCUGGGAGAUCGACCUCGCGAAGCUGGAGGUCCACCACCGGAUAGCGCCUGGGACCUUCGGCUGUGUGUACCGCGCCACCUACGACGGCAAGGACGUCCUAGCCAAACUAUUGGAUUGGGGAGACGAUGGACUUAUGCCAGAGACUGAAAUUGUUAUUCAGCGCGAAGCACUGAGGAAGGAGGUUGUUGUCUGGAAGGACCUCGACCACCCAAAUGUCACAAAGUUCAUUGGUGCAUCAAUGGGUACCAUUGACCUUAGUAUUCCACCUCAGAGCGGGGAGUGUAGUGCACCCCCUGAUUUUCCAGAGAGUGCAUGUUGUGUCGUCGUCGAAUAUCUCAGUGGAGGAACACUGAGACAACAUCUAUAUGCAAACAGGGACAAUAAGCUUACAUAUGAAGAGGUGGUUGAGCUCGCAUUGGAUUUGGCUAGAGGACUGGCCUAUCUACACUCGAAAGAUAUCGUGCAUCGGGAUGUCAAAGCAGAAAAUAUGCUGCUUGACGCAAAGGGGACCCUUAAGAUUGCCGACUUUGGGGUCGCGCGCGUGCAAGCUAAGAAUCCAGGAGAGAUGACAGGCAUGACAGGCACGCCCGGUUACAUGGCUCCGGAGGUUAUUAUUGGCAAGCCAUACAACAGAAAGUGUGAUGUUUACAGCUUUGGGAUAUGCUUGUGGGCGAUCUAUUGCUGUGACAUGCCGUACUACCCAAACAAGAGCUUUGGAGAAGCCUCCUUUGAUAUUGUUCAUAAGAAUCUGCGGCCAAAGAUCCCACGCUGCUGCCCGGCCCCGUUGGCGAACAUCAUGAAGAAGUGCUGGCAGGCUGACCCUGAGAAGCGGCCCGACAUGUUGGACGUUGUGCAACUCCUGGAUGCUCUUGACACAACACACGGCGGAGACAUGAUUCCGGAAGGGAAGACCCACGGAUGCUUCUGCUUUUUGAGGCCCCGUCGUGCAGGUCCAUAGAUUUGUCUCCAACGAGCAACAUUAUGUUAGAUUUUUGCCGUUGCCUUAAUUAGACACGUGUGAUGGUGUGCUUCAAAGUUUUUUUUUCUGGAAGGGGUGUAAUUUGAAGUUUACAACCCAUGGUUAAUUCGACACUUGAUUCA